GCUAAUAAUGCCUAUUUUCGUUGAUCAUAUUUUAUGGUAAAAAAACAUAAAUAAAUUAGUUCAUUGGUAUGACUUUUAUAUUUUGUACGUGUGGCCGGUGGUAUUAGUUGCGGAAAGUAUUUAUUAUUUUCAUUGUUGACUACAUUUUCUACUUUGUUUUAUUUUUCUUUAAUUUUCCCUUUUGGCUUGUUUAUAAAUACAAUUCGUUGGAAACUCCGGACAAACUCCAAUUUUUUUAUCUGAAUAAAGGGGAAAAAAUUUUAGAAAUGAACCCCAAAAAAGAGGGCCGCCGUCCAGAGCUGGAUUUGGAGCUCAACUUAUCGCCACCGCGAGCCACCGCCAGUCCACCACAGUCACCGCCGUUAUCUUCUUUGUCGUCCAUGAAGCCGUCACCGCCGAGCUCGUGCGUGUCUUGGGAGCUAGGCCAAGGGGACGAUGGCGGAGACAGCAGCCCCUUGGCGGAGGCGGCGGCGGGGCAGAUGAUGGUGGUGGUUGGGUGCCCUAGAUGCCUGAUGUAUGUUAUGCUGGCAGAGGAGGACUGCCCAAAAUGUCCCGUGUGCAAAAGUACGGUCUUGCUAAGAUUUCUUCCUUGACGAAAGGGUCAUCAACACCUCUCACAAGUAGUGUUGAAGAUUAUUGAUGCAUGCAUGUGAAAUUUAAUUUGUCCAAACUUUUUUUUAGUAAU